AUGGACUUGAAAAUAAGCGAUCAAUGCCCAGUUUAUGCAUCGUUUUUCGGACACGCUGGAGUUGCAGCAGCGAUGAUCUUUAGCUCUAUUGGUGCUGCUUAUGGGACAGCAAAAGCUGGAAUUGGAAUUGCUGGUGCCGGAACUUUUAGACCUGAGCUUAUUAUGAAGUCGCUUCUACCUGUAGUUAUGGCUGGUAUUAUUGCCGUUUAUGGACUUGUUAUAUCUGUUUUGAUAUGUGGAUCGUUGGACCCAAACAAAUCAUACUCUCUAUUUACUGGCUUUAUUCACCUUGGUUCAGGUCUUACAGUAGGCCUUGCAGGUUUAGGAGCAGGUUACUCAAUAGGAGCUGUUGGUGAUGCUUUUGUUAGAGCUUAUGUACAACAAACGAGACUUUUUGUUUCAAUGGUUUUGAUGUUAAUUUUUGCCGAAGUAUUAGGUCUUUAUGGAUUAAUUGUUGGCUUGAUUCUUAAUACUAAGGCCAGUAGGCGAUCCUUUGAAAGGUUCAAAGAGAUUAGGGCCCAAGGUGUUCUUGCAAAGCAUCAGACUUCUCGGAAUGCCACGCCCGGACAGAAGCCUAAUUCAUUUUUUCGAAUAGGUUCUUUGCAAAGUUAUUCUGGCGAAAUAUUUCAGAUUUUAAAAAUUUUAUUAAUGCGGUUACCUCCCCGAACAGAGGCGACACCGCAUCAUCUGUUAAUACAAAGUGUUUCAAAAGUAUUUCGAAAAGCGUUUACACGAUUUGGUCAAGAUACAAAAAUCACAAUGGAACAAAUUGAACAUCCUGACGUGUUAAUCGACUCAUUACCAUACAUUGAUCAAGAGAUUGAUUAUGAAGGAAUGCGAGCAAAAGUUGAUAAACUUGUCGAGCAAGAAAUGAGAAAACGACCUUCCCAAUCAAAACGAGAUUAUGCUUCUCAUUUUCCUUCUAAUUUUGAAUUAUUUAAAGAAUCACCUAUACUUGCAAUAGAAUAUCAACGUGUUCAACAAGGAAAACCAAUCACAGAAAUGGAUACAAGUAGAUAUAAAUUAAUCGAACCUGAUGAUAAAGAAGAUGAUGAAUUAUGGAAGAAAGCUGUUGAUAAUUCGAAUGCUCAAUUAUAUCAUCAAAAUCUUCGAUUUUUUAAUCUAGAAUUACUUCAAAAAUUUGGACCAAACUCAUGGAAGCUUCAUAAUUAUCAAUUAGAACAUGAAUUACAACAGUUUCAAAGAACUUUAGAAGAUUAUCGUCAAAGAGUUUUAGAGUUGAAUAAACGGAGAAAAGCUGAACAGAUUCAAGCGGGGAGUCAAGUCGAGGCAUUAGAAAAUAAAUGGACAGAAUUAAUUGGUCAAACACUUCAAUUGGAA